AUGAAAUCUGUGAUCAUCAUCGCCGCCUUCGUUGCCGUGGCCAUAGCCGCCCCUGCCCCUGGCAAGUACGAGCCCAUCUCCGUUGGACCUGCUCUUGUUGACACCUACGAACCCAUCUCUGUUGGACCUGCUCUUGUUGACACCUACGUGCCCAUCUCUGUUGGACCUGCUCUUGUUGACACCUACGAGCCCAUCUCCGUCGGACCUGCUCUUGUUGACACCUACGAGCCCAUCUCUGUUGGACCUGCCAUUGUUGAAGGUGCCCCUGUGACUGUCACCGGCGCUGAUGGCACUCCCCUCGUCCAGAUCAUCAUCAACGUGAACCGUCCUUCCGAGAUUGCCGCUGAUCCCGUUGAUGUUGAGGACAUUGCCGAAGAGCCUUUGCCCGAAGUUGUUAUUCUCCCCACUCCCGUAUUUCCUGAAAUCGACGUUCCUGAACCCGUGGAGCUCCCCAGCCCUGUCCUCCCCGAAGUCGUCAAGCCCGUAAUUGUUGGUACCCCUAUCAUCCCGGCUCCCGCUGUCACUCUUCCCGAGACCCUCAACUGAGCCAGCUUACUGAUAUUCUUGCAAUAGUACAGUAUA